AUGGCUGAUCAACUCAACAUGGGCGGUUUGACCCUGGCCGAGCAGCAGCACGUUGGUCCUGGUGGUCGCAGCUCCUACAUCCCCCCUCACAUGCGAGGCAAGGUUGGCGGUCCUGGUCCUGGUCCUGGUGGUAAUGCCCCCAUGCCGGCUGGCCCUCCUCCCGGAGCCGCUGCCAUGAACGGCCUCAACAACAGCGCUUGGGCUGGUAACAACAACUACGACGCUCGUCCCGCUCCUGGCGGCUGGGGAGGUGCUGCCGACUUCCCACCCCCUGGUGCACAACCCGCUCCGCCCCAGCAACGAGGUCCCGGCGGUGCUGGCUGGAAUAGCCGACCUUUUGACCGCAAUGCAUACGGUAACCCUGGCGCUGGAGGUACUGGAGGCGGCGGCGGCGGUGGUGGCGGCGGCGGCGGCGGCGGCGCUCAUGCUAGAGGCUCGGGUGACGGACAGUGGCGCGACGGCAAGCACAUUCCUGGCCCCCCCAACCCUCGCUUGGAGCGAGACCUGUUUGGUGUGCCCGACGAUCCGUUGAAGCAGCAAACGGGUAUCAACUUCGAGAAGUACGAUGACAUCCCCGUCGAGGCUUCUGGUCAGGAUGUCCCUGACCCCGUCCUUGCCUUCACCAACCCGCCCCUGGAUGACCACCUCAUUCGCAACAUUGAGCUGGCCCACUACAAGGUCCCCACGCCUGUUCAGAAAUACUCCAUCCCCAUUGUUAUGGGCGGACGAGACCUGAUGGCUUGUGCGCAGACCGGUUCCGGAAAGACUGGUGGUUUCUUGUUCCCCAUCCUCUCCCAGGCUUUCCAGACGGGCCCAUCCGUGAAUCCUCCCGCUGCCGGGGGCGGUGGUGGUGGUUUUGGUCGCCAGCGAAAGGCGUACCCCACGUCGUUGAUCCUUGCCCCCACUCGUGAGCUUGUCUCCCAAAUCUACGACGAGUCUCGCAAGUUUGCAUACCGAUCAUGGGUUCGACCUUGUGUGGUUUACGGUGGUGCCGACAUAGGGUCUCAGCUCCGCCAGAUCGAGCGUGGCUGCGAUCUCCUCGUUGCUACUCCUGGUCGUCUUGUCGAUCUCAUAGAGCGAGGCCGCAUUUCCCUCCAGAACAUCAAGUACCUGGUUCUCGAUGAGGCUGAUCGCAUGUUGGACAUGGGUUUCGAGCCCCAGAUCCGCCGCAUUGUUGAGGGCGAGGAUAUGCCCGGUGUCCAGGGCCGUCAGACACUCAUGUUCUCGGCUACCUUCCCCCGAGACAUCCAGAUGCUCGCUCGUGAUUUCCUCAAGGACUACGUCUUCCUUUCGGUUGGUCGUGUCGGUUCAACCUCAGAGAACAUCACCCAGAAGGUUGAGUAUGUCGAGGACGUCGACAAGCGCUCUGUCCUCCUUGACAUCCUACACACGCACGGUGCAGGUCUCACUCUCAUCUUCGUCGAGACCAAGCGCAUGGCCGACUCGCUGUCCGACUUCCUGAUCAACCAAAACUUCCCCGCAACAUCGAUUCACGGCGACCGCACACAGCGCGAGCGUGAGCGUGCUUUGGAGAUGUUCCGCAACGCACGGUGCCCCAUCCUAGUGGCCACUGCUGUUGCUGCUCGUGGUUUGGAUAUUCCCAACGUCACUCAUGUCGUCAACUACGAUCUUCCUACCGACAUUGACGACUACGUUCAUCGCAUUGGUCGUACCGGUCGUGCAGGUAACACUGGUCACUCGACUGCUUUCUUCAACCGUGGCAACCGUGGUGUUGUCCGCGACCUCCUUGAGCUCCUGAAGGAAGCCAACCAGGAGGUUCCUGCUUUCCUCGAGACCAUUGCUCGCGAGAGCUCUUUCGGUGGUGGUGGUGGAGGCCGUGGUCGCUCUGGUGGUGGUGGUGGUAGUCGUGGUCGUGGCCAGGGUGCCAACCGUGAUUUCCGAAAGUUUGGUGGUGGCGGAGGCGGCGGCGGCUUCGGCGGCGGUGGUGGUGGCUUCGGUGGACCUCCCGCUUCCGGCGGCUAUGGUGGAGGCUUUGGCGGUCCCCCUCCCAACCCUGGAUACGGUGGAGGUGGCGGUGGCUAUGGCGGCGGUGGUGGCGGCGGCGGUCCCGGUUACGGUGGCGGCAGCUACGGCAACCCUGGCGGCGCUGGUGGCCAGGCCAGCUGGUGGUAA